AUGCAGGGCGUUUUUCUAAACUAUUUUCUGCUAAGAUAUUCCAAAGGAACAGCUGCUCCGUGUCUGGAACUUGCCCAGAGCAGGUAGGUUAAACCACUGUGGUUUGCUGUGACAAUGCUUUCCAGGGAACCUCAUCCCCAGGUUCAUCAAAAACACCCAGAUAAAUUUUUUAGACCUUUCUGUGAAUUCCCAAUGACUCGGACUUGGUUUCUGCAGGACGCAAGGGCACUCUGGAAAUAAAAUUAAUAAUUAUGGGAAUCAUAGAAAGUUGGGAAAACCUGUAUCUGGACUAUUUUCAGAGGGUGAGGGCGGGUGGCUCAUAACACCUAAAUGCUCUUCCGUACCAGACCUCCCCAAAAACAAAUGAAACCCCUUUCCCAUGGAAAACUUCACAUCGGGGGGAAAUACAACAUAGCCUUAUCUCUGACAUGAUCGUUGUCUGAAGAGGUAUGGCUCAGUCACAGGUUGACAACCUCAGAUCAGAAGGAAGCCAGGAAACAAUCCCUUGGUUAGUUAACUCUGCUUUUAGAACAGGGUCGGGAUUUAUAUAUUUUUUUCAGUUCUAGGGUCACUUUCCUCCAUUGGAAGCCUGUUGGGUUUUGUAUGUUUAAAACAGAAGGCAGGCGAAAAGGAGAAUUAACUUUUUUGGGGAAACAGAUUCUCGUUUCCUAUGUGUCAGAAUGCAACAUCCCCAUAUAAGGCAGAUCUGUAUGUCCUUGUUUACUUUCUUAUGGUUUUAUUGUUUGUUUUUUAUUUAUUUUUUAAAGGCAUUCCAAGCUUGGCAGCCUUUUAGGAGCUACAUGCCCCGGUGGGCAGGGCUGUAAGGAAAAGUGGGUGGAGCAAUGGGUGUGAUGCGUACCCCCGUGUGGUAGGCUACAUUGCACCCCUGCAAAAGUGAGAAAGUUUCUACACUUCCAUCAAGACAAGCAAGAGGCAUUCUAGCUAGGCAAAUGCAGACAGAGAGGCCUGGAGGGCUGUGUUCAGUCUCUCCCCACUGAGGUUUCCCUCUCCUAGGAGGGCACUUUCUUGUUAUGAAACCUUGAAGAUUUACCGUAGGCUGUAGCUCUGUAAACACUUAACACGGAAUUUGGUGCCAUUAGAUCCAAUGGAAGCUUUGCAUGGAUAUCAAAGCCUGGUGUUAGGAAGUCGUGCAUUUUGCUUGAAGAGAAAGAAAAGGGAAUUGCUAGGAGGAAAAUACGCAUCCGGCUCUUCAGCCCCUACAUGGAAGCUCCAUUGAAUUAUGUCAUUUCAGUUCAAAGGAGACUGUGCCAAAGCGGUGAGACUUAAAGUGCAUGGGGUGGGGGGAAAGGUAAAGGACCCCGGAUGGUUAAGUCCAGUCAAAGGUGACUAUGGGGUUGCAACGCUCAUCUUGCUUUCAGGCCGAGGGAGCCGGCGUUUGUCCACAGACAGCUUUCUGGGUCAUGUGGCCAGCAUGACUAAACCACUACUGGCACACAGAGGACUGUGACAAGUGCCAGAGCGCACGGAAACACCGUUUACCUUCCCGCCGCAGCGGUGCCUAUUUAUCUAUUUGCACUGGUGUGCUUUCGAACUGCUAGGUUGGCAGGAGCUGGGACAGAGCAACAGGAGCUCACCCCGUCACAGGGAUUCGAACCACCGACCUUCUGAUCGGCAAGCCCAAGAGGCUCAGUGGUUUAGACCACAGCACCACCCUCAUCCCACAUACAGGGGGGGGGGGAAAGGUAACUUCAGCUGAAAUGGAAACACUUGCCCAAGCUUUAAAAAUUAACAUAAAAACCCUGUUUAGAGAAAGCUUUGAAAUGCACCCCCUCCUUCUAUGGUAGUUUGAAAGCUUUGCCAAGUGUCCUUUUUAGUAUCAAAUUCAGUUCUGCAGGCACUUUCAGAAUGAAUUGCAGUCCUUUUCAGGAUCCACAAUGCAAUCCUGUACUAUUGAGUUCAAGGAUAUUCAUUCCCAGGUGAGUAAAGGAUUGUGGCCUUGAGACUUUUGCAUUUGUUACAAUGUUACGUAUGUGUGUUUUUAUGUUGUAAACCACUUUGCUAUCUUCCCAUGAAGGCUGGCAAGAAAAACUUAACAACAACAACAUUAAUCAUAAAUGAGUUUGGCAAUCAAGACACUCUGGCACUCUGUUCUCUGAAUGCUUAAUAUAGGAGCAAGAGUUUCAGAUAUAAUUGCUUCAUGUGUGUGAAUGAGAUUUGCUCCUCAGAGAAUAUGUGUGUAAGGUUGCUCUGUAAAACCUUUUUAUUUUUAUCUUAGCUCAACCAAAUGAGAGCUUUCUUCUAUGGGCUGUUGCACCCCACAACACAGUUCAUUACUAGAAUUGUAAUGUGUUUGCUACAGUGAGUAUCCAAACAUGUAAAGAGUCUGGAUUAUAUUAAUAUGCCAAGACAAUAUAGUGAAUUGUCCAAAGACUCUAGACGACCAGUGGCUGGUGAAUUGCUGUUAAAGAGCCAUCAAAUUACAUGGCACCUUGCAAAGUAAUAUAAAGCACCCACCCCUCAAAAAAGCUGGAGAUUUAGGUGAGAGCCCUGCCCCAAGGAGCUUACAACCCGCAGUUUGAUAGUGGGGAAGGGAGGAAGAGAGAGGCAGGAGUUAUGAGAUGAAUAGCAGUUCACACAUACUCAGGCUUUGUCUGAGGUGGGGGUGAUGAUUAAGUGGUGAAGCCAAAGGUUUCACACACCACUGUGGACAUGGACAGUCUCCUAAAUGUGUUGCGGGUGUGUCCCCCGCCCCCACCCACUGAGAGUGGAAGCUACAUUGCAAAAUCCACAAUCACAAAAUUCGGUCAGUAUUCAAACGUGAAUAUCAGCAUUCAGCCCUCCUUAACGGUUAAAUGGAUGUCUUGCGGUGUCUAUCCAAAAUGGGUUGAAUGCUGACAUCAACUUGAAAUAUAUAAAAUCAGGUUUAAUGGCCUCAUUAUUUGUCCAGAUGUUGCUGAAUGCAGUCUGCACCUGGAAAAGGGAUUCCAGAAGGUGGAUUCGUUAGAUUUGUUGUGCAAAAACCUUUGGCAGGAAGAGGAAAAGCUUCCAGUAGUAACUGUGUGAUGCAUGGAGAUGGUUACCCCAUACGAAACCUCAGGCACUCCAAGUCUACAUGCUAGGGACAAAAUAGCAUAUGGGUGAACUACCACCACCACCUUUCUUCCAUUUCAUAAACAAUUGGCUGUAUACUCGAGAAACUUUUCUGUAUAGAUCCCCUGAAGUGAAUAAAAGGGGGGGGGACUUAAUUAUGUCCAUGUAGCUCAGCUUCUUUCCAUAACCAAAUCGAAUUCCAUAACUAACAUAAAUACUUCUACCGUAUAUAUAAAAUCCAGCCAUGUUCAUUAAAUUCUGUGGGGUUCCCCCCCCCCAUUUUUUCCAAUAGGAUUUUAUUUUUAUCUUCAUUCAUUUCUGUAUUUUUCUCUAGUUCCCAACAGAAAUAGCUUUAUUCUGCCUUCCCCUCCCCAAAUGAUAGCAAACCGCCUUUAUAAAAAAAUGAGUUUGUACAUUCCCAAGGAAAAACAUUCAUGCAUCAGUCUUCAAGACAGGGGGAAAAAUUGUACCAUUUUUCUGCCUCCCUUUGACAUUUUCCAUAUUACACAGUGAUUUGUUUCUCUGCUUAAAAAAAAAAGAAGCUUUGCCUCAGCUUCUUAUAGAAAGAAACAUUUAUUUUUGCAAGAGAAGGCUUGCAGAUUAUGAAGAAUGAUAAAAACAGACCUUUUUCUUUGCAACUCUUUUUUUUUCCAGGUGAAAAUUGUAUUUUGAGGUUUCUGUGUAUAAACUCAGACAGAUGAGAAUGCAAAGGUUCGGGUGAAUCGUCUAAGGCAUUUUAUUCCAUUGAGAUCAUCAAUUUGAUUUUAACAAGUUAUCUUUGUUCCAUAACUUGAAUUACAACAGAAUCCUAAAAGUGUCCUGAUCGCUCUCCACUACCUGGGUUGCAUUCACAAGAGACACGUUAGAUCGCCUUGGGGCUCUUUGUUUUCUUAUUUCCCAUGUCUGUACGUAAAAUUAAAAACUUAUAUAGACUAGAAAAUACAUUCACUUCAGAGGUAGUGUUCCUCAACUUUGUAUACUGAGACAGUCCAGAUGAAAAUGUAUUCCUCCCCCCUGACACCCUGUUAAUUUUCUUAUUGAACCUUGGGCCCAGUCUGCUAGAGAGUUCUCCUGCACACAACUCCCAUUCAUUUCAGUUCAGCUAUUGCAGGAGAACUUCCAGAUGGAUGGUGCCUUUUUAUUAUUUCCAUCAUGAAAAUUUAGAUCCGUACACAGAUGUGUCUCUGCAAGUGCUUUCACACAGACCUUGCAUCUUAAUUUGAUGAACAAAUGGAACUUGCUGACCCAGAUGUUUGCAUCACUUGUGAAAACGCCCUUCCAUCUUCGUCCAGGAUUCUUGACUGCCUGCAUCUGGUUGGGUGGGAAGACAGUUUAGAAGUUUUCUAAACCAUAUGUUCAAUUGUCAUAAGGGAAUAUUCCUUUCAUCACACGGUAUUCUCUCCCAUCCACCACUCCCAAUUUCUUAUAUUCAGAAUGCACUUUGUUGCUGUAUCCCCUCCAGUUAACUGAGGCUUUGUGCCUUGGUUUCUUUUUAGGUGUUUCUGUGCAUCUGAAAAGGUAAGAAAUGUUUUAUUAAAAUAUGUUCUAAUUGGAGAAAUAAACAUGCCUUAAUAGAAGUUAAGUUCCACUGAAUUUAACAGGACUUUUCUUAAUAAGUGCUCUGAGAAUGGCAGUCUAAAUGCAUCAAGCAAUUUAGAAUGCAAACAAAUAGUGCGACAUUUAGUAAAUUGGUUUUCCAGAAUUCAGGACAUUGCUAUCAUUGUUGAACUGAUGAGUUUUGUAUGUUUUAACAGAAGUCAGCCAAAGGGAGAAUAUUUUUUUGGGGGGGGGGGAGUGAUUCUUGUUUCCUAUGCAUCAUAAUACAGCAUUCCCAUAUAAGGCAGAUCUAUGUCCCUGUUUACUUUCUUUUGAUUUUAUAGUUGUUGUGGUUUUUUUUAAAAAACAGAAACAAAAAGAAAGUGUACUGCUUGGCAUCUGCAGAAUUGAAACUAUCCUCAAAGUGCCAACACAUUUUUAAAGACUAAUGUUGUAAAAUGCAAAGCCUCCCUUAUCUCUUUGAGGGCGGAUAUACUGUAUUUUGAAUCAGCCCGUGAAAUAAAUUUGUGCCGAAGAAUUACAAUCGGUACAAUUAAAGUCCAGUUUUGAUUUAGAGAUUUAAUUGUUUCUAAGCACUACAUCUCCUUCCCAUUUAGAAUGUACCUUUUAAAAUAAAAUGGUAAUAAAAUAUUACAAGAUAUUGUUGAGAAUUCUCUUUAAAGUUUUGAAAUGGUGGUGGGAAGAGAAGGGGUGUAUUUUCUGGGCAGAAUUUCAUCUUGUCCCACUCUGCUUAGGGUAUGGCUUCCUCCUCUUUCUUUCUUUCUUUCUUUCUUUCUUUCUUUCUUUCCUUCUUUCUUUCCUCCCUCAGUAUUUCUCAUGCCUGUUUUGAUUGACAAGGUUGUUAUUAGCUUGAAUGGAUUCCCCCAGUUCUCUGUCUUCUUUAAGUCCCGAUUUGGAAUUGGAGUGUGAUCUGUUGCCUAUUGACCCGGGGAUGGCUAUACACUGACCCCCACUGCCUCCACAGCGACCCUUUGACCCCUAGAGCACUCGAGGCCAGCUUAGCUGAGCUCAGAUGUGCGAUGGGAGACUUUAUGGAGUUUGGGGAAGUGAAGGGAGGGAGAAGAAACUAUACAGAGUGGGAGGUGGGGUUUGGGAAAGGCAGGAUAAGGAAGCGAGAUUUUCACCAAUAUAUACAUGUGCCCAUUGAAAUGUUUCAGAUCGACUCUGCACAGCACAGUACCUGGUUAUCAGCUGCUGGGCUUUGGGAAGGAGACGUCUCUUCGGAGUUAUGCGAUUGACGCUGCACAGCACAGUUCCAAGUAUACUGUGGGACAAGCUGGGAAGGAUUCAGCAGAGAGCUACUAA